GGCGAAGGUUCAGGCGCUACUCGGAUCAUUAGUCAUCCCGAGCCGAGUCAGCGCCGAGCUAGCCGCCGUGAGCCUCCCUGACCGUCACCGUCACCGUCACCGUCAGCAUACGCUUCUUCACACCCAGCUUGCUGCUUCCCUAGCUUACACACCUCCAACCGACACCUAUAUAUCCUUCGUCUACUUGCCAUCCCAAUCAUCUCCCUUCCUCCCUUCACCCCCUGUCACCCCUAGGAGCGUCUCCUAAAAGCUACUCACUCGGGGACAAGCUCCCCAGGGUGGUGAUAUUUUCCCCCCUGCCCCGUUUUCGCAAUGCUACAGGCUCAGUCCCAGCACGUCUUCUCGCACCAGCACGGACAGUAUCCCCACACCGCCGCCGCCGCCGUCGCCACGGACGCUUCGUGGAUCCAGCAACAACAGCAGCAGCAGCAGGCCUCCCACUAUCAGCAACAGCAGCAACAGCAACAGCAACAACAGGCGCAGUCCCAGCAGCCCCAUCCCCAAUCAUCCCUUGCUGCGCAGCAGCAUGCUCAAGCGCAGGCCGCAGUUGCCGCUGCCGCUGUCGCCCAACACCAACAUUACAGUCGUAUAGCUCUAAAUAAUAGCAACAACAACAACGGCAGUAGCAGUAGUAGCAAUAACCCUGCCGCUGGUGCAAAUAAUAGCCAGGUUACGCCGUCGUCAGGUGCGGAUAGUGCAAGUGCUGCCGCCGGGGGUGCUGCAGGAAACAUGGAUGGCGGUAUCAGCGAAGAGAACCGGAGGGUGCUCGUGUGGGUGGCAGAGCUUAUGGAUCCGGCUCGACGGGAGACGGCCCUGAUGGAGUUGAGCAAGAAGCGGGAACAGGUGCCUGAGUUGGCGUUGAUAAUAUGGCAUUCGUUUGGUGUCAUGACGUCUCUGCUACAGGAGAUCAUAUCCGUCUACCCGCUAUUAAAUCCAUCGCAGUUGACUGCUGCGGCUUCGAAUAGGGUCUGCAAUGCCCUUGCUCUCCUACAAUGUGUGGCGUCGCACAAUGAGACACGCACGCUUUUCUUGAAUGCCCAUAUCCCUCUCUUCCUCUAUCCAUUCCUCAACACGACCUCGAAAUCCCGCCCCUUCGAAUAUCUCCGUCUAACCUCCCUUGGCGUGAUUGGCGCCCUCGUGAAAAAUGAUUCGUCAGAUGUUAUAAACUUCCUCCUCACCACCGAAAUCAUCCCCCUCUGUCUCCGCAUCAUGGAGACAGGUUCGGAACUCAGCAAAACCGUUGCCAUUUUCAUUGUACAAAAGAUCUUACUAGAUGAUAUCGGCCUUGCAUAUAUUUGUGCCACUUAUGAACGUUUUUACGCUGUCGGGACUGUCCUCAGUAAUAUGGUCACCCAACUUGUCGAGCAGCAGACCGUUCGGUUACUCAAGCAUGUUGUUCGUUGUUUUCUUCGUCUGAGCGAUAAUAACCGCGCCCGCGAGGCCCUCCGCCAAUGUCUUCCAGAACCACUUCGUGACGCAACUUUCUCAUCAGUCCUUCGGGACGACGCAGCCACCAAACGUUGUCUAGCGCAACUUCUGAUUAACCUAUCUGAUAAUGUUGUCGACGGCGGCGCAACUGGGGCUACCAUGUAAAAUAUCAAAUAUCAAUAUCUAAGGGAAAGCGAAAAAAGAAAGAACAGGACAAAACUUAAUAAGAAAGGGUUUUUUUUUUCUAUUCUUUCUCGAUGUUUUUAUAUUCUUUUCUUUUUAUAUUCUAACUUUUUUUUUGUGCCGUUUCAUUCCCGCCGCUGAUGGUAGUGAACUAUACAUAACUCCUGAUCUGAUAAUACUUACCUGCGGAACGAGAAAGACAGACGAAGGGGGCCAAAAACGGAAAAGAUUGGAGAGGGAUUCGAAGUGGUAAUUAGGUAGCCCACAACAGACACCUAAAGAAAAACCGAGAGUGAGAGGGAGUUGAUUCAUUUACAUCUCGGCGUAGAUUAUGCAUAACAGGGCCAAGGCGGAUGGGAUAUAAACAACAACAGCAGCAACAGGGCGAAACAGUGAGGGAAGCAAAACACAAGGAGCAAAAUGAGAGGGCGGUGAGGAAAAAGUAACAUUGUUUUUACAAGGGAAAACUGCAGAAGCAUGCUAUUCUAUUUUCUUUUAUUUUUCUUUUCUUUCUGAUUUUAUUUUGAUUUUUAUUUAAGUGAGAUUUUUUAUUAGUUUUCGAUGAGAGAUGAGACAUUUUUGUAAAUAGAUAUAAAUAUAAAUAAGUGAAUGCAAUAUAUUUUAACUGAGUUGAAAAAAAGAAUAA